AUGGAUCCGAUUGUGAUCAUUGGCGGCGGAAUUGCUGGUGCCACUUGUGCCAAAGUAUUCUCUCUUGACAACCCAGCGUUUGACGUGAUUCUGAUCUCAGCCUCCCCGGUGGUGAAGAUGGUAGCCAACUUGAGAACAAUUGGCAGAUCUAUUGAUAUUUUUGACGUCAUUGAGCAAAACUCCAGCGCGCUAGAGAAUAUCAAUCUGAAAGUGCUUCAUAAUAAUGUGAUUCUUCUUGAUUCAAAGAAACGAACAGUAACACUUGAUAAUGGCUCAGUAAUCAAGUAUAGCAAGUUGGCCAUCUGUACCGGUGCCAAACCAAAAAUGAUACCGAUGCAAAAUGACAUAAACGUAAAGCGAUUUAUCAAAUGUAUUCGCGACACAGAAACUGCAAAAGAUUUUCAGUCAAUUCUAAGCACUUCAAAAAGAAUCAUAAUUGUUGGGAAUGGUGGCAUCGCAACUGAAUUAGUUUAUGAAGUUAGUGGUUGUGAAAUUGUCUGGGCCAUCAAAGACAACAAUUUUGGUGCUACCUUUUUUGAUUCAGUCGUUUCCAAGUUUUUCUCUGACUUUUUAAAAGAAGAUCCUGCAUCAAAAAGCGAUCAAAUCACAAAACGGCACCAUUUUACUGUGAAUCAAGCCGAAUCAGAGCAGAAAAACGAAUUCGGCGUAGCUCUAGGUCCCGACUGGCACAAUGGUUUCUCGAUGAUUGGUAAAUCACAAAAGAACGUGGUUAUUGAAAAGUGCUGCCAAAUAAGCAACAUUUACAGAGAUGUGGCAUCAAUUCCAACAGAAAAAUCUAGUCACAUUGUCAAGUCAACCGAUCAGGACAAUUGGAACGUCUACGUCGAACUAUCGACCGGCCAAAUUUACGGAUGUGAUAUGGUCAUAAGUGCAACAGGUGUCCUUCCAAACAGUCAAGUAUUCACCGAGAACAACACUUUUACCCUGGGUGCUGACAAAGCCCUUUUGGUGGACAAUGAAAUGCGGACCAGCAUCGAGCACAUCUAUGCAGCUGGAGAUGUUUGCGCCGCAGGUUGGCCACUGGCUGCCCACUGGUUUCAGAUGCGCCUCUGGACACAGGCUCGACAAAUGGGCUUCUACGCUGCAAAGUGCAUUUCAGCACACAUUCACAAGACAAGUCCUGAGCUGUACUUCAACUUUGAUGUCUUCACUCAUGUCACCAGAUUCUUUGGUCUUCGAGUCAUUCUCCUUGGUCUGUACAAUGGGCAAGGCUUGCCACUUGAAGACUGUUCUAUUCAGUGUCGGGUGACUGCCAAGAAAGAGCUAAUCAAAGUGGUGCUCCGAAAUGGGUCCAUGCAGGGCGCCGUCUUGAUUGGCGAAACUGACUUUGAGGAGACAUUCGAGAAGCUGAUUUACAAUCAGUUUGAUUUGUCCCGAUUUGGCGAACAUUUGCUAGAUGAUGUUGUCGAUGUAGAGGAUUUCUUUGAUUGA